AAAAUUGAUCAAGGUGUUUCAUAAUUGGGAAGUUGUUGAAGUAAUACUUUGUUUUUUCAUUCAUUGAACCGAAAUAAUAUGUUGCUGAAAACGUUAACUGUUUUGUGUUUAUUGUUGGCUUCAUCAAUAGCUGCUACUGACUACUGCAAACUGAAUUGCGGCGAUACAAAAAAUAUCGCGUGCAAUAGUGCAUAUGUCAGUGCUAAAGAUACGAUUUUCAUUUACCUUGAUCCUUUUGGGAACUGGAAAUUCAAUUUCAGACCAGUGGUAACAUAUAGCUGGGGAGAUAGCUGUAAAGCUCAAGCGCUCUUCAGCAUGACAAAAGAAUAUCAACAAUCACUUGUCGAUGUGCACAAUAAAUAUCGCAAUUUGAUAGCACUAGGAAAUAUAACUCCCUAUAGCCCCGCUGUGCGUAUGCCAAAAAUAAAAUGGGAUGCAGAUUUAGCAUACACUGCCGAAAUGAACGUACGAUCAUGCGUAUACGGUCACGAUAGUUGCCACAAUACAGCAAAAUAUUCCAAUGCCGGUCAAAGUAUUGCCAUGAUGAUGACUGUUGUGGAUUGGGAUAGAAAUAUGACAACAAGCCGCUUAACUGGCCUUACAAUGGGUUGGUUCAAUGAGUACAAAAAUGGCAAGUCACAUGGCUGGAUGGAUAUGAUUAACCAAAUUAAGGCCAGCGAUUUCGAUAGUUCGAAGCCAGUCGUAGGUCAUUUUACAGCGUGGGUGCAGGAUAGAACAGAAGCGAUUGGAUGUGCUGCCGUUUUCACCACACCGAACUACAAUGGAAAAGACUAUGGUGCAUUUAUAUUGACAUGUAACUAUUCGUUUUCGAAUUUACUUGGAACUCCGGUGUACGUUGCUGGAACGACUGCUUCGAAAUGUAUGACUGGCCGUGAUGCGACAUAUCCGGGCAUUUGUAGCGAAAAUGAGGUCAUAACAUACUGAUAAAAUUGAU